GCAAGCGAGCGAAGAAUUUGCAAUUGAAGAAGAAGAUGGAAAGAGAAGGUGGAAGGCGGGUUUCGCGAGGGAUGCUCCCUCUUCUUGCCCUUCACGCUGUCAACGAGUAUUACCGGUUGGAGAGAAAGCCUCCUGUAACUGCUGGCCUCCUCGUCGCUAACGCUCUUGUCUAUUUGAGGCCUGGUUUCCUGGAUAAUCUUCUUCCUGCCCUCGACGAGGUCUGGUUCAACCCCCGCCUCGUCCUCAAGCACAGAGACCUGAAGCGCUUCUUCUUGUCACCAUUCUACCACAUGAGUGAAUCCCACCUGGUCUACAACAUGAUGUCUCUCCUGUGGAAGGGGAUCCAGUUGGAGACUUCAAUGGGAAGCAUCGAGUUUGCUUCAAUGGUUGCAGCACUACUAGGAAUGUCCCAAGGCAUCACACUACUCCUUGCAAAGGCCCUUCUCAUAUUCUUUGAUUAUGAGAGAGCCUACUACUAUGAACAUGCAGUUGGGUUCUCUGGUGUGCUCUUUGGAAUGAAAGUGGUCCUCAACUCUCGGGCAGACAACUAUACAUAUGUCCAUGGACUAAUUGUACCCGCACGAUAUGCAGCAUGGGCUGAGCUGAUUCUUAUUCAAAUGUUUGUGCCAGGCGUGUCUUUCUUGGGUCACCUUGGUGGAAUUCUUGCUGGAUUUCUCUACCUUCGGAUAAAAAGUUCUUAUUCUGGUCCAGACCCACUGACAUCUAUACUUAGAGGACUUACUGAUGUGGUGAGCUGGCCUUUGAGGUUCCUGAAGGGCUUGUUUCAUUUCCGGAGACCUCAGAUUUCUGGAAGGGGGACUGUUGGUGGGAGCCGGACAGGAAGGGAUGUGUCCAGUUUGUGGAGAUGCUCAGCUUGCACCUUUGAUAAUUCUGGGAGGUUAAAUAUAUGCGAGAUGUGUGGUGCAAGAAGGCAUAGAGAUGGGUUGUCAUCUACUCGGCCAUUGAAUCAGCCUCGGGACCUUUCUUUGGAAGAAGUACGGCGUCGAAGGAUUGAAAGGUUUGGUAGAUGAUUCCAUCAUCUCGUAACGAUUUAAAGGAGGAUUAACAGCUUAAAAAUCAGUUGUGAAAGAGUUGCAAUUUU